AAGCUACAAAGACCAGCUUACGUUCUUGGGUCUUAACUCUCUCGUUGUGAUGAAUGUCGCAGUUGCAAGGAUCGCAUAUCCUCUACGCACUGAUCCAGUACUACAGAUUAAGGCGCGAGUCAUUUCGAAUGCAUCAUUGGUGUGAAAACUUCUAUUUUUCACAUCCGACGUUAUUGGAUACAUUUCCUUAUCCUUUAGAGCUUUCUUUCUUCCCCUGCGUCACUCUAUCCUUUAUUUGACGCUUUGACGUCGCCUUCCCUCAUAAGCGUCUCACCCAAUCACGUUGGUUACGCCUCGUUGCUCACUGCCUUCAAUCCUUUAUCACUAUGUCUCCUUCCUUCAUUCAUUCAUGCUCAUUUUGACCGUUGAGCCAGCCCUGUACUUUCUUAUUCCUUUGCAGAAUUGUGUUCGGUGUUUUCCUGCUCCAGGCACGUCCGAAAGCCUCAAGAAAGUCUCCGUCUCUAUCACUCGUCAGAGUCAAACGGACUUUUCCAUCACUACGAAUCCCUUCGAAUUCACCAUCAGCCUUACACAAUAUGCCUUCCCCGCGAACUGUUACAUAUGCAUAGAUUGACACGCGGGUAUCUUCUAUGGAUUUACUUUGGUUAUUCCUGUAUCAUGUUUCCCUGUUACUUUUAUUGGUAUGCUGGCUUAGACCAAUGAUUCUACAAUGCUUCCC